GGAAACAUAAACAAGUGCAUGCUGUACAAAAUGAAGGAAAUUGAUUCCAACCAAGGAGACUGCACAGAACCGCUGCUUGCGCACCAGACGCCACUUCUCUUGAGACUGUGAGAAGUAGAGCAAGACUGUCGUUAUUCUAAAAACUAUUUAUUUUGAUACGGCCUGAACUAAAGGAGAACUGAGGGAGAGAUACACAGACAGACAGACAGAAAGAGAGAAGACACUCAGACAUCUGUGUUACAUGUUUAUGAGGAAAUAAAUCUACAUCAAUGAGGACAUUAGGCAUGGAUGUAUUCAAGCAACAGAAAGUGGAGGAUUUCUAUGAAAUUGGUCAAGAGUUGGGGAGCGGGCAAUUUGCCAUUGUCAAACGUGUCAAGGAGAAGAGCACAGGCCUGGAGUUUGCUGCUAAAUUUAUUAAGAAGCGCCAGAGCCGGGGCAGCAGGCGGGGAGUGAGAAGGGAGGAGAUUGAGAGAGAGGUGGAUAUUCUGCGGCAGCUCCAACACCCCAACAUCAUCACCCUGCAUGACGUGUAUGAGACCCGCUCUGACGUUGUGCUCAUUCUGGAGCUGGUGUCAGGGGGAGAGCUCUUUGAUUUCUUGGCCCAGAAGGAAUCCCUGAGUGAAGAGGAGGCCACCCAGUUCAUUAAACAGAUCUUAGAUGGAGUCCAAUACCUUCACUCUAAGAGGAUCGCACACUUUGAUCUCAAGCCAGAAAACAUAAUGCUAUUGGACAAGAACGUUCCACUCCCCCGAAUCAAGCUGAUCGAUUUUGGUCUUGCUCAUAAAAUUGAAGCUGGGGCGGACUUCAAAAAUAUUUUUGGGACGCCUGAAUUUGUUGCUCCAGAGAUAGUCAACUAUGAGCCACUGGGAUUAGAGGCCGACAUGUGGAGCAUCGGAGUCAUCACAUAUAUACUUUUGAGUGGGGCAUCACCUUUCCUUGGCGAUUCGAAACAGGAAACCCUUGGAAACAUCUCAGCCACAAAUUAUGAAUUUGACGAGGAGUUUUUCAGUAGUACCAGUGAGCUUGCUAAGAGCUUCAUCCGCCAGCUUCUGGAGAAGGACACAAGUUGUUACUUGCCUUGCAGAAAAAGAAUGACUAUCCAAGAUGCUCUUAACCAUCCCUGGAUAAAAUCACAAGGCCAUGUGGAUGAGAGCUCUGUCCUUGAAACCAUGAAAAAGAUGGAGCCUCAGCAACUGAAGACCAAGCAUCUAAAAGAGUACACCAUUCAUUCUCACACCAGCAUGUCCCCAAACAACACCUACGUCAACUUUGAGCGCUUUGCCCAUAUGGUAGAGGAGGUUUCCCUUAUGGAAAAUGGCCUGACAGGGGUGACCGGAGCCCACCAGAGUCUGCAGGGGGACGUUGACACCCUCCUCUCCAUCUACACCAAGAAGGAUGCCUUGUACAAGAAGGAGGGCGAAAAUGCAAGGAAGCAACUCUCACAGGUGUGCUAUGAGUUCCGAAAGGUGGAGGCCUCCAGGAGGCUACUGCAGGAGGAUCUGCUGGCAGUGGACGCCAGCCUGGAGAGCAUCAGUGGGAGGUACGUCCAGAAGCAGAACCGCCUCAGCACCCUGAGGCAAGAGCUGACCACAGAGCUCCACUGGCUGCAGGAGCUGAUGAGGUCCCUAAACCACGAAGGGACUGGCAGCCUGCCUGACAGCCUCAACAAAGACAUCAAACAUGCUCUGACAGAGCUGAUCAACCAGUCCUGCGGAGGAGAACUGGGUCCUGAGGCCAAUCAGGACAUAAGAGUUUAACUAACACUAAGGAAAGAUUAUGACAUUGCUACCUUUGCUUAAUUGGUCAAUAAUGUUCAAUGUGUCAUAGAAGUGAGGUUUUGUAGAAAAGCAUAUCUCAUCUGAUUUAUUUACUGAAAUGCAAGACUCAACUUCUGUUCAAUGUCAUGAGUUUUGUUUGCUAAGCUUGUUUUCGCUAUUGUCUUGAAAGCAUAUUCACAUUUAUAUUUAUUUGUUCCCUGGCUCUUCUCAGUGAUUUUCCUGCACACUGACAAACUUUAUAUUGGUUUACUUCAUCAAAUGUUUAAUGUAUACUAGCAACAAUCGUGACUUCAAAAUCAGCUUUAUUCGCCAAGUAAGUUUGCACAAACAAGGAAUUUACUAUGGCAGGAAGGUGCAUACGGUAAACAUAUGAGUUUUAAAUAUAAAAUGUACAACAGUAUCUAAAUAAUUCUAACCACUACUAUACAAUGUAAAAAAAAUUGAUAUAAAAUGUACAAUAAGAGUCCAGAGCACUCUGGAGCAGGUUUUCAUCAAGGAUGUCACUCAUUGCUGCAUUCAUCUUUCCCUCGAUCCUCACUAGUCACCCAGUUCCUGCCACUGAAAAACAUUGCUUCACUGUAGGGAUGGUAUUGGACAGGUGAUGAGCGGUGCCUGGUUUCCUCCAAACAUGACGCUUGGCAUUCAGGCCAAAGAGUUCAAUCUUUGUUUCGCCAGACCAGAGAAUUUUCAGUAGUGAUGGGAAGUUCGGAUCAUUUUACUGAUUCGGUUCUUUGAAUCUCGUUCAGUAAAAUGA